GCUAAAUCUUAUGUCCUCUGAUUGAAGAAAAUCUCAAGUUGUUCACUUUGAAAUCGUUCUUUGGUUAUUUGAUUGAUGAGUAUUCCACUCUAGUUUUCUUCCAUCUUUGAUAAUGGAGAAGGUAAAGGAUUAAGGUUCAAUUAUGUGCAUGAACAAUAGUUUAUGGUAAGAUUAACAUUAAUGUUUUGAUUAAGAAAAGGAGACCUUAUGUUUUCUUGUUAACACUAGUGUUUCAUGUGUUAAAAGAAAGGUGAGAGCAUUGAUCACACUUCUUUGUGGUCUGGUUUAAUUGAGAUUGUCGUGGAAUUAUUCGGAUUGGCUGAAGUGACUGGUGUGGUUUGUAGGCAUUGUCUAUCUUUGUUUGAGAAAGGUUCCAGGGGUUUUGGAAGGAUAAAAUAGCUGUUACUUUUUGGAAAUAUGCAAUUCAAUUGUUUUGGGUAUUUGGUUGGCAAGAAGUGUUAGAGCCUUCGAGGGUAGACGUUAGAUGAGAGAUUGUUUACGUGAUUAGAGUUUAGUUUUAAUAUCCUUGUGAUUUUCAAUGACCAGGGAGUUUGACAAUAUUCCAUUUAAAUUUCAGAUUAGAGAAUGUUCUGCGGAUUGUAGAGUUUCUAUGGAUUUUUCUCUAUGCAAAUGUAUGGAUCUUUGGGAGGGUAUCUUGUCCUCCAUUGCACUUUUUGAAUCCUACUCUUUUUAUAAAAUGCUAUUGCCGUUACGAUAAAUAUAUUUUAUCAUUUCUGUCUAUUUUAAGUAUAGGUAAGCUGUUGCAGCAUAACUUCCCGCAUUACUGCACUUGUGUGGGCUUGGACUAAAGUCUCAGUACUUAGUUUGGUGUAGUGCUGAAUAUCAUAAUCUGACUUUGAUUCAGUUCAGGCUUGGGUUAAGGCAUCCGGAAACCAGAGUCAAUCCAUCUAAGACCAUUGAUACCUUAGAUUGACGACAACAUUAAUUUCUGGCAUGUUGGAAAGAUAAUAUGGAAGAUUCACAUCCCUCAUUCUCACUGAUGUUCUAAAGAAGUUAAGACUCAUCCAUAAUUUUUAAUCACAGCCAUGACCUUGGAAAGUUGAGGUCCUAGCUGGUUGCUGCUCUCCUCUUUCUACUCUUUUUCAGGUUUCACUCUUCAGCUUAAAUAUGGACCAACAGCUAAAAUCUCACUAAGCAACUAGGUUGAACUUUAAAGUGAAUAGUUUCCUGAAAGGCCUCACAAAUGGAAUAAAUUUGGGUACUUAGAACGCAGUGUCCAUUCAGGUGUUUUUGCAAGUGUGUUAUGUUUCUCAACUCAACAGCACCAUACCUCAAUUGUUUUGGUUGGCUACAUGAAGCCCUUCAUUCAUUGUGCUCAAUCGAAGGUCAUAUUCUGGUUAAAUAGCAGGCCUUCAUAUCUUUUUCCAUAUUCUACUUCAAAGUUAAUUGUGGUCUACCUAUUGAUGGGUAUCACCUUAUCACAUCACUUUUCCUCAUUAGAGCAGUAGCAGACAUUUUAUAAACAUAUCCGGACCACGUAAGCCAAUUCACUCCUCCUGUAUCUUCUAUUGAAGCAACUUGUAUGGUUUCACAAAUAUACUUAUUUCUAAUUCUAUUCUUUAUAUUUUUCACACGUCCAUCUAAACAUCCACAUUUCUGUACUGUAAAGUCUUGCUGGUCUGGCUGUCUUGUAGAACUUAUUUUUCACCGUAAGAGGUGUAUAUUGAUGACGCAAUACACCAGGACCAGGUGUUGAUGGAUGAAAUCAGUGUGGGUUAUGAGCGUCUUGCUGAAUUACAGGUGUUGAUGGAUGAAAUCAGUGUGGGUUAUGAGCGUCUUGCUGAAUUACAGGUGAAGAAGGUAAAUGGCAUCGAAAUUGAGAAUUUGAAACAUUUGUGCCAGCUUGUGGAAGACUGCAAAGAAGAGGGAUUAAGGUUUGAUUUGGAUGAUGAGAGGGUGAUUGUUUUGAACUAUGGUAUGGCGAAAAUAGCUACUUCUCGAAUCUUAAAGCAUCAUAGAAUACCUUCUGCCAUGUCUAGUGACCUUGUACACAAAGAAAGUAUCCCAGAAAUUGGAGUGGCCUGCUCAGUCUGA